AUAAAACCGAGUCCUGCAGCCGGCACUUCUCAUUUAUCCAUCCAUCCAUCUCUCUUUCACCCUCUCACCUCAUCCAUAAGCCCACCAUGUCUGUCAAGGAGCGCACCUACAUCAUGAUCAAGCCCGACGGCGUGCAGCGCGGUCUCGUCGGCAACAUCAUCGGUCGCUUCGAGCAGCGCGGCUUUAAGCUGACCGCCCUCAAGCUGGUUCAUGCUACCCCGGAGCACCUCGAGAAGCACUACGCUGACCUCAAGGGCAAGCCUUUCUUCCCCGGCUUGAUCAAGUACAUGGCCUCGGGCCCUGUCGUUGCCAUGGUUUGGGAGGGUCUUGACGCGGUCAAGACCGGCCGUUCCAUGCUCGGCGCGACGAACCCGCUCGCGUCUGCACCUGGCACCAUCCGUGGUGAUUUCGCUCUCGCUGUCGGUCGCAACAUCUGCCACGGCUCCGACUCUGUCGAGAAUGCGGAGAAAGAGAUUGCUCUGUGGUUCCCUGAGGGUGUCGUCCAGUACAACCACGACUUGGCUCAGUGGAUCUUCGAGUAGAUGCAUCAAUAGGGAUUGAGUGGGGGACAGAAGUGUAAUAAACCUAGAAACAUCUGUAUUGUUUACUCAAGAAUUAGGGUCGUUUCUCGAUGGAAUGAGGUGGUGCGUCUUUGUUCAC